AGAAGAUGAACGUAAUGUGAUCCUCCACUAAUGUUACUUGUAAACAAUAUGGCGGCGCCCUGUGCUGCUAAACGUCUAACAAGAGCAGGGUUGGGGGGUUUCCUCCAGAAGGGGUGUGGUCUGUGGGGGUGUGGCCCACCCUGGGGCGUCCAAUCCCAGCAGCACCGCCGGUUCUUCUGGAGGAAGUGGAAGAGCUUUCACAGUAUAGUCAGACCGGGUGUGGUCAGACCAGCCUACUCAGUGCCCAAGCACAUCCUGAGGCCUGACUAUGUGAACAGUGGUCAGGUUCCUGACUGGCCAGACUACAUAGAGAUCAAAGACCAGGAGCAAAUCCAGGGCCUGACGAGAGCCUGCCAGCUAGCCAGACAGAUACUGCUGCUGGCCGGACGCAGUCUUAAGGUUGGUAUGACGACAGAUGAGAUAGAUUUCAUCGUCCAUCAGGAGACGAUUCGUCACAACGCAUACCCUUCCCCCCUGAGAUACGGGGGUUUCCCCAAAUCAGUCUGCACCUCGGUCAAUAACGUGGUCUGCCAUGGCAUACCUGACACCCGGCAACUACAAGAUGGAGACAUUAUCAACAUUGAUGUGACUGUCUAUCUGGAGGGUUACCAUGGUGACACCUCCGAGACGUUCCUGAUUGGCUGUGUGGACGAGGUUGGGCAAAAGCUAGUGGAGACAGCCAGGAAGUGUAGAGAUGAGGCCAUCACUGCCUGUAAACCUGGGGCUCCACUGUGUGUUAUAGGAAACACUAUCAGUGAUAUAGCCCACUCCAAUGGUUUCCAUGUAUCUCCCUACUUUAUUGGACAUGGCAUAGGCUCCUACUUCCACGGCCACCCAGAGAUCUUGCACCAUGCUAAUGACAAUGAUAUGACCAUGGAUGAAGGGAUGUCUUUCACUAUAGAGCCCAUAUUGAUGGAGGGAUCAUCAGAGUUCAGAAUCCUGAAGGACAAGUGGACAGCAGUGUCUGCGGACGACAAGAGGUCGGCCCAGUUUGAACACACAGUAGUCAUCACCUCUGGUGGAGUGGAUAUUCUCACCAAACUACCUGAGGAGGACGAGCCGAUGCCAAUAGAAGUGUAAUUACUGUUCUCAGUUCAACAACCCUGUCACAUCCACAUCUAUGAAGAGGUAAAGCACCAAACUGACCCAGGACCAGGGCUUAGUGCCACAGAGAGAAUAGGAAACUGGGCAUAGAUAUGAUUCAAAUGAGACUGCACUACUGCAUUCUUUUGUAUGUCUGCUGUGUAGAAAAAUAAGUUAUAUUAUUUAAAUAAAAUGUUUGUUCACUUUCAAUUAGUAAACCAGA